AUGUAUUUUGAGCGGGUAGAGGUGGAGACCACAGCUGAUUUCAACUCCAGCAAUGAAAUGAUCCCCUGUGUUUCACCUUUCAACUUUGAAAAGCAGUUUCAGCGUGUAUACACAAAUUCAAAGUUUAAAGAGUUCCAAAAAGAGUUGAUGGGCCUCAUGUGUUAUAAUUGUACACUGGUGAGCGAGCAGGGGUGCAUAUCAACUUUUGAUAUACUGGAUGAAAUCCAAGUUGAUGACUUCACAAAAAUGGUUCACUACACACUUUACUAUAACCAUGAGGAGUGCGAGUUAAAAUGCACAUGUGCAUUAUUUGAGAUGCGGGGCAUCAUAUGUAGACAUGCACUUCGAGUUUGCCAAUUCAAGAGGAUUAAUGUGCUUCCAGAUAAAUAUGUCUUGGAUCGCUGGAGGAAAGACGAGAAGAGGAGAUACACAGUGAUCCAAAGUAGUUAUGAUGACUAUCGGGCAAGUGGAGACACAUGGAGGUAUGAGAUGGUGGUUAAAAGAUGCAUGAAACUAGCAACAAAAAUAUCUCCAAGUGAGAAGCAUGUCAAUGCUUUCUUGCGAUACGUCGAUGAGUUUGAUUCGAUGUGUGAUGAUAUAACUUUGGGUUCGAAGUCCGACUCAACAAAGACUUCACAGAAAAUAUUUGAUGAUGAAAUACAAAACAGUAACGUCACACAAACGAUGGCUUCGGGACUUGAGAUAAGAAAGCCAUCUUGA